ACAGCCUACCUGCUGAUGUUCAGUGACACGGGACACAACUGGAAACAGUAUCGACAGGAGGACAACAUAUGGGCCUUUCCAGGAAACAGUAACGCCGACAGCGUGGUUCAGCACAAGCUCCAGCUUCCUGUCAUCGCCCGCUACGUCCGCCUCAUCCCUCUGGACUGGAAUCCCAACGGCCGGGUCGGACUCAGGCUGGAGACGUACGGGUGUCCCUACAACUUUGACGUGGUGAGCUUCGAUGGCCACAGCAUCCUCCUCUACAAGCUGAGUCCCCGGCCGAGGCCAACCACCAGGGAGAGCAUCUCUCUGAAGUUCAAGACCCUGAGGAACUCUGGGACGCUGCUGCGUGCGGCCGGGCGGAGCGAGUUCAGCCUCACGCUGGAGCUGCAGAAGGGAAAGCUGCUGCUCGUCCUGCAGAAAGGCCGGAGCUCGUCUGCAGCCGCUCGGCAGCUGGUGUCUCUCGGCAGCUUGUUGGACGAUCAGCACUGGCACCAGGUCAGCGUGGAACAUCACAGCCAUCACCUCAACUUCACCGUGGACAAGAGCACCGAGCGGCUGCAGCUUCCUCCAGGACUCGCCCACUGGGACCAUGAUCAGAUGAGCGUCGGCGCCGACCACGACCUCGGCUCUCGCCCGUCGUCGUUCGGCUCGGAGCGACAUUUCUCCGGCUGUUUGGAAAACCUGGUCUACAACGGCGUGAACCUGGUGGAGCUGGCUCAGCAGAGGGACCAGCGGGUCGCGGUGAAGGGCAACGUGACCUUUUCCUGUGCUGAACCCGUUUCCGUUGCCGUGACGUUCACCGGCCCCCGGAGCUUCCUGUGGUUCCCGCGGGCGGCUGCACCCUCCUCCUCCCCCUCCAUGACGGUGGGACUUCAGUUCCGGACGUGGAACAAGGCCGGGCUGCUGCUGACCUUUGACCUCCCAAACCACGGGGGUGCGGUCUGGCUGUACCUGAGCCGAGCCGUGCUCCACCUCCAGACCCACAAGCCUGGCAGGGCGCCGCUGGAGCUCCACGCAGGUUCAGCUCUGAACGACGGCCAGUGGCACUCUGUGGUCCUGACCUCCGGACGAGGUCAUCUCACCCUCGCGGUGGACGGAGACGACGGAGACGCUGCUCAGGCCACUCCCUCUUUUCUCGUGACCACAUCUCAACUCUUCUUCGGGGGUUGUCCCCCUGGAGGCAGCAGCCAGGACUGCAUGAACCCCUUCAGAGUUUUCCAGGGAUGCAUGCGCCGGCUGAAUGUGGACGAUCAACAUCUGGAUCUGAUCAAGGUGCAGCAGAGGCUGCUGGGAAACUACAGUCACCUGCAGGUCGACAUGUGUGGCAUCAUCGACAGGUGUUCCCCGAAUCACUGUGAACACGGAGGCUCCUGCAGUCAGUCCUGGAGCACCUUCCACUGCAACUGCUCCGGCACCAGCUACACGGGAGCAACCUGUCACAGCUCGAUUCACGAGCCGUCCUGUGAAGCGUACAAACACAAAGGAAACACGUCGGGGUUUUAUCACAUCGACGUGGACGGCAGCGGCCCCAUCGGACCUCAGCUCAUCUACUGCAACGUGACAGAGGACGUGACCUGGACGGUGAUUCAGCACAACAACACCGAGCUGACCCGAGUCCGACCGGCGCCGGGGAAGACUCGGCACUCGGCUCGCUUUGAGUACGCGUCCAAGGACGAGCAGCUGGCCGCCGUGGUCGGCCAAUCAGAGCACUGCGAGCAGGAGCUGACCUACCACUGCAGGAGGUCACGUCUCCUCCACGCACCAGACGGCUCCCCUCUCAGCUGGUGGGUGGGGGGUCCAGGUGAAGGUCGGAGACAGAGCUACUGGGCCGGAGCCCCCCCGGGCAGCCAGCGCUGCUCCUGCAGCCUGAGACAGACCUGUGUGGAUCCCAAGCACCAGUGCAACUGUGACGCUGACCGCACCGACUGGGUGAAUGACUCGGGCCUGGUGACCCACAAGGAGAACCUGCCUGUCAGAUCCUUGGUUCUGGGCGAUGUGCACAGGCCCGGCUCGGAAGGCGCCUACAGGGUAGGACCACUCCGUUGCCAUGGAGACAAAAAUGUGUGGAACGCUGCCUUCUUCGACAAGGAGACCUCCUACCUCCACUUCCCCACAUUCCACGGAGAGCUGAGCGCCGACAUCUCCUUCCUCUUUAAGACCACUUCAUCCUCCGGCGUCUUCCUGGAGAACUUGGGCAUCAAGGACUUCAUCCGGAUCGAACUCAGCUCCUCCACUGAGGUCCUCUUCUCCUUCGACGUGGGGAACGGUCCGCUGGAGGUCGGCGUGAAGGCCGCCUCCCCCCUCGAUGACAACAGGUGGCACCGCGUCCGAGCCGAGCGCAACGUCAAGGAGGCGACGCUUCGUCUGGACGAGCUCCCCCCCGCUGCUCAGGAGGCUCCUGCUGACGGACACAUCCACCUGCAGCUGAACAGCCAGCUCUUCAUAGGCGGCACCGCCUCCAGGCAGAAGGGUUUCCGGGGAUGUAUCCGCGCUCUGCAGCUGAACGGGGUCACCCUGGACCUGGAGGCGAGAGCCAGGAUCACCCCCGGGGUUCAGGCCGGGUGUCCGGGCCACUGCAGCAGCUACGGCUCCCUGUGCCAGAACCAGGGCCGCUGCGUGGAGAGGACCAGCAGCUUCUCCUGCAGCUGUGGCCCGUCGGCCUUCACCGGGGCCUUCUGCGACCGAGAGGUCUCAGCCAGCUUCAAGGCCGGGACGUCCAUCAGCUACACGUUGGAGGAGCAGGCGGCGCCCGGGCCGAGCAGGAGCAGUGGCGUGCCGUCCUCCAUCUCCUCCAUCUCCUCCAUCUCCUCCAACCUGAGAGCAGAGAACAUCUCCCUGAGCUUCAGGACCAAUCAGAGUCCCUCGCUGCUGCUCUACGUCGGCUCCUCCCACAGCGAGUACCUGGCGCUGCUGCUCGACGAGCACGAGAAGCUGGAGCUGCGAUACAGACUCGACAGCAGCAGAGACGCAGAAAUCCUGAGGAGCAAAGCGAGGAGCCUGGCCGACGGGCGUCUCCACCGGGUGACCAUCAGCAGACGGGCCGAGGCUGUUUCUGUGCAGAUUGACCAGGACACCGAAGACGACUUCAACCUGACGUCUGACGUGGAAUUCAACGGCAUCAGGUUGCUGACUCUUGGCAGAGUGCACCACUCCGGGGACAUGGAUCCGGAGCUGGCUCGGCUCGGCUCGCUGGGUUUCACCGGCUGCCUCUCGGCCGUCCUCUUCAACUCCAUCAGCCCUCUGAAGGCCGCCCUGCUCCACCCGGACACCAGCCCCGUCACCGUCACCGGCCCGCUGGUCCCGUCAGUCUGUGGCUCCACUUCAACCAAUCCCCACGCGGUGGAAACCACACAUCACCGAUCAGGUCAGUCUGGACCCGUGGAGACAGGUCAGCCGUUAGUCAACGCCAUGAGGAAUGACUCAGCUUUAAUUGGAGGUGUGAUCGCCGUGGUGAUCUUUGUGGCGGUGGCUGCGUUAGCCGUGACGGCCAGACUCCUCUACGGGAGGCCGGGGACGUGUCAGAGCCAGGACAUAAAAACAGUCAAACCCGAAGACAGCCCCCCCGAGCUGCCGUUCAGCAGCCAGACCGGGUCCCACAACAUCUCCACUGAGAACCAGAGGGAGUUUUUCAUUUAG